CGCCACUAACAGGGCAGGCGCUUCCCAGGCCCAUGCUCUCGGGUCUUCCGCCUCGACGCCUCUACACCCACCCCGACGAGCAGGUGGCGCUGCUGAAGGCGGGGGUGGCCGAGCCCGCGCCGCAGCGGGAGUGGGUGCUGCCGACGCAGUUGAGGGAGGCGUGGACGCUGGGGAGGAUGGCGGACGUGUUUGCGGGGGUGUGCGUCGUGCCGGAGCCGAUAGGCGCAGGCAUAGGCAAGGAGGGGGAAGGGAAAGAGUGGGAAUGGAAGGAUGCAGAGGAAGAGGAGCACGAGCGCAAGUGGCGCACUGCGAAACGCGUGCUGCUGGCUGUCGUCGAGGACGAUAGCACCGUCGUCUACUACCUGGUGCAUGACGGGCUGGUGAAGCCGCGGCAGAACUGAGUGUCUGUGUGCGUGGGUGGGUGUGUGUGUGUGUGAAUGGGGAGGCUAGGUGCUCUACUGGCUGGGGAUACCUACGCCAUGACGACGACGACUACCUACAUGGAACAAACGCCGCAGCGCAGCGCAGCGCAGCGCUAGCAAAACAAACCAAAGCAAACAAAACACGGCACCGCCAAACAAAGAAAGAUCCAGACAACCCGAGAAACAAUGGAAGAAAACGCAACGCCAAACGGGCCCAGAGCCGCUCGUGCCUACCUCGAGGGAGGAUGGGAAUACCGACCCGCCUAGAUAGAUGGGAUGUGGUGGGGU